GAGAGAGAGAGAGAGAGAAAGUGAAAAGUGACCUUUUAUCUGUUUUUUUUUUCCAAUUGAAUUAGCGAUAACGCAAAGAUCCAAAGAUCAACAAAUAUUUACAAGGAAAAUAAGGGUUCUUGACUGUUUGACUGGAUUGACUGGUCAAUAUUUAUAACAAUAUAAUAAUAAUUAAUCAUCAUCAGCAAUAGUGUGUGUGUGUAUUAUACACACCUACAUGUUUAUUUUGUAAAUUUUAUUUUUAACAUUCACAUAGGUAUAAAUAUUGAAAAUAAAUAUAAAUAAUUUUUCAUUAAAUUUAAUUUGCACUUGUCGGUUGUCAGCCGAGGCAAGUUGACGACAACAUAAAUAUACAUAUAUUUUUAUUUACCUGCACAAAUAAUUAAGUGUUGAAGUGAGUUGAUAAAUAAAUUAAAUAAAUAAAUAGUCAGUCAGUCAGUCAGUCAAUUGAUGGAUAAAUAGUGCCAUCAUAUUUAAUUUUUUAUUUAAACAAUUAAAGCACAAUUUGUACAAUAGUCAUUAUUGAUAAUAUAAAAUAGAGCAGACAGCAAUAAUAAAUAAAUAAAAGCAUCACCAAAGAGGUAAUGCGUAAAUUGCAUAAUAUGGCGUCUUUUGAUAAUAUGUCUGAUGAUAAUAAUUGCAAUAAUAAUAACAAUAAUAAUAAUUGUAAAAUAUUGAGAUAUAGAAUAUACAAAUGUUCAAGUUAUUCACCAACUUAUGUACCAGAAAAUAUUUUGGUUGAUAAACCAUUGGAUCAAUCAUCACGUUGGUCAUCAGAAAAUGAUAAUCAUCCACAGUAUAUUGUAUUGAAACUUGAUCAAGCAUCAAUCGUUAAAUCAAUAACAUUUGGCAAAUUUGAAAAAACACAUGUAUGUAAUAUGAAAAAAUUUAAAAUAUAUGGAGCAAUAGAAUAUGACAAAUGGACAGAAUUAUUAAAUGCUGGAUUAAAAAAUGAUACAGUACCAGAAACAUUUGAAUUAAAACAUACAAUUGGCUGUGAUAAUGUAUAUUAUCCAAUUCGCUAUGUUAAGAUAAUGCCACUUGAGUCAUGGGGUCCAAGUUUUAAUUAUUCAAUAUGGUUUGUUUGUUUAAAUGGAAUUGAUGAUAAAUCAUAUAUUGAUUAUAAUAUUAAUAGAGUCAAUCAAUAUUUAAAUAAUGAGAUAAUAAGACUUUGUAUGAAACAUUUUCGUCGAUUAAAACAAACUGAUAUUGUUGAUUCACUUGUAAAAAAUACAUCAUCAUCAUCAUCAUCAUCAACAUUGUCAUUUGAAGAUAAACAUUUAUCUUUAUUAUAUGAUAUAUUAGUUAAUAAUGGUGAUUAUAAACAAGCUGAAAUAUUUAUAACAAAUUCAAUAAAUAAUGGUUUAUUAGACGAGUAUAUUAGUAAUCAACCAUACAAAGCAAUAUGGAAUAAAAUUAAUUGUGAUGAACCAAAACCAGGUAAACGUGGUGGUCAUCAAAUGGUAUUAGAUUCAAAUAAUGAAAUAUUAUAUUUAUUUGGUGGAUGGGAUGGUCGUCAAGAUUUAGCUGAUUUAUGGUCAUAUGAUAUUAAAUUAAAUAAAUGGACAUUAAUAUGUAAUAAUACUGAACUUGUUGGUGGACCAAAUGCAAGAAGUUGUCAUAAAAUGGCAUUUGAUCAAGAUAGAAAACAAUUAUUUACAAUUGGUAAAUAUCUUGAUACACAAUAUCGUAAUGUUGAUAAUUUAAAAUGUGAUUUUUAUGUUUAUGAUAUUGAAAAAAAUCAAUGGACAUUAAUAUCAAAUGAUACAUAUUCUGUUGGUGGUCCACCAUUGAUAUUUGAUCAUCAAAUGUGUAUUGAUCAUGAUAAAAGAAUGAUUUAUGUAUUUGGUGGUAGAAUUUUACUCUCAUCAUUAUCUACAACUACAAAUACAAAUACAUCAUCAUCACCACCACCACAAAGUGUUAAUGCUGCUGCUGCUGCUUCUUGUAAUGUUCCAUCACCAUCAUCAUCAUCAUCAACAACAUCAUCAACAACAACAACAACAGAACCACUUUUUUCUGGUUUAUAUUCAUAUCAUAUACCAACAAGUACCUGGAAAUUAUUAGCAUCAGAUACAACAAAUACAAAUUCAUCAUCAAAUAUUAAUUGUUCAUUACGUGCACGUGUUGGACAUUCAAUGUUAUUUAAUCAAAUUGAUAGAAAAUUAUAUAUAUCACCUGGUCAAAGAUGCAAAGAAUAUUUAAAUGAUUAUUUUACAUAUAAUGUUGAUACAAAUGACAUACAACGUAUUUAUCUUGCUGAUUUUUCAAUAAAUAAUAGUAAUAAUAAUAAUAAUAAUAAUAAUAAUAGUUUAAAUAAAAAUGAAAGAUUUAGUAAAGAUGAAUUUAAUAAAAAUAUUAGUCCAGGUGCUGGUUUUACACAAAGAGCAACAAUUGAUCCAGUACUUGGUGAAAUAUAUGUAUUAUCUGGUCCUGGUAAAGAUAAAGAUAAACGUGAUGAAAAUGUACAAAAUUCAUUUUGGGUAUAUAAUAUUAAAAAUAGUAAUUGGACUUGUAUUUAUCGUAAUGAAAAUACUGGUGAAAAAUAUUGGAGUAAAAUGCAAGAUAUUGAACCAUGUCCAAGAUUUGCACAUCAAUUAGUAUAUGAUAAAUAUAAAAAAAUUCAUUAUUUAUUUGGUGGUAAUCCUGGACGUUCAUCAUUACCAAAAUUACGUUUAGAUGAUUUUUGGACAUUAAAAUUAUGUCGUCCAACUCAUGAUGAGUUGUUAAAAAAUUUCAAAUGGAUCAUUAGAAAAUAUAAAUUUAAAGAAAUUGCUAUUAAUGGUAAUAGUAUUGAAGCACUUGAAUAUUUACAAAAUGAUGUUUAUGAAAUUAUUGAUCACAAUGAUCCAAUACAAACAAAAGAAUUUCAACUUUUAACAUCUGUAUUAUUUAAAUCAUCAUCAAGUAAUUCUCGUACAUCAACUGAUGAUGCUGCUGCUGAUGUUGAUGUUGAUCAAGUACACAAUAAAAGGGUUCAACUUUAUGAUAAAAUAUCAGAAUUUUUUCCAGAGUCCAUGACCCAGCCUCGAGCUAAUCUGACUGACCUUUUACUGUGAUCAAAUUAAUUAUAUUUUUUUUUCUCCCCUUAUUGAUGAUGAUAUCACAGUCUUUUAUUAAAUUUUCAAUAUCAAUUAUUUAUUAUAUAUUAUUAUAAACGUUUAUAUUUUUAUAAUUUUUUUUUUUCAAAUUAUUAUUUACUUGUUUAUAAAACUGUUGAUGAUGAUAUAGACAAACUAGAAAUUAUUUAGACAAAAACUUGAGGUUCAAAUGAAAAUGAAAAAAGAUUGUUUAUAUUUUUUAUUUUUGGAUCUUCAAGUGGUUAUUCAUAUUAUUAAUUGUGGUGUUGUGUUUUUUUUUUUUUUUUAUUAUUAAUAUUAUUUAUAUCCAAAGAUGCAGGGUGUGAUAGUGUCUAACGUUUGGAUACUUUAUUAUUUUUUUUUUUUCUAAUAAUGUAAAUACAUGAGUAAUAAUAUUUCAAAUCUUUUAUAAAACUUAACAAUUAUAUUGAUGUUUUUUGAAAUAAUUUGAUAAGUGUUAUUUUUAUUAGAAAAUUUUCAAUUGACAAAUUAUUAUUGUUAUCUUUAAAUAAAUAAAAAACAAAAAAAAACAUUAAUUAUUUAUUGCAAUUAAAAAGAAAUAGUAGACAAAAUGUAUCUGAAUAAAAAAUGCUUCCAGUUGUUUUUUUUUAAAUUUACUGCAAGCUAAUAUUUAUUUAUUAUUAUUAAUAUAAUAUUUGCAAUGUCAUGUAAAUAAAUAAAUAAAUUUAUACUUGUAUUAAUUAUUA